AUGUUUUCUUCCAAUUUGCUAUUGUUUGUGGAAACGGCCCCACCCCUGUUUGGAGAAACGGUGACUCCAGCGCUCGUCUCCCAAGGCCUCACUCCACACCACAACAUGAUCGAUCCCACCCUCUUUCAAAUGUGUCCCCCUGCUCCACAGCCUGAUGCAUCAGAUACACUGCCGCCUCCACUUGAGUUUCCACCAGACAACCAAUUUUCUGCUACAUCUAUCAACAUAUCCAAUUCGACCCCGAAGACAUCAGCAACCACCUCAAAGGCACCGGGUACGACCCCAAAGACACCGACCCAAGCAAUAUCUUCAAAGCCACCCGCGAUGAACUCCAAAUCACUCAAAGACUCUGGAACGGCAGACGGAAAUGCUCCCCAUACUUGGUCGACACUGGAGAGAUGCAAACUCCUCGAAUUGAUUUACGAUGAAAUGUCUUCCGGACAUGCUACCGAUAACGGAAAUUUAAAGAAGGAAGGCUGGACUGCAGUCAUGAAUGGUUUGAAUGAAUACUUCUCGUUAAAUCUCAAUUGCAACCAGAUCAAAAACCAAAAGAAUGCUCUCUGCACUAUGUUUUUUGACUACAAGUUCCUCUGUGAUCAAUCCGGCUUUGGUUGGGACAGCAAAAAAUUCACGGUUACAGCCGACGCAAGGACCUGGGACGAGCUCAUUCAGGCUCAUCCAAGAAGGAACUUUGGCAAGUUGAAAGACAAGCCAUUUCCUAUCUACGAGCUGGCGGAACGUGUAUUCGUCGGCAACUUCGCGACUGGGGAUAAUGUGAAUAAACACUUACCUCCAGAUGAGGAUCCUGUCAACACCACCAAAAAAAAACCCCCCGAUUCGAGUUCUACUGCUCCAAUGGCUCCGACUACAACCUCAAAAAAGAGAAAGAAUAAAAAGAAAAAGGAAGUGGUGGUAUCAGAUUCCUCCGACUCCGAUAGCGAGGUUCAACCUUCCAACACCCAAAGUCAGUCCAAGAAAUCCGAUUCUAGCAAACGGAUCCGAGGGACGAAAGGAAGUGUCGUGACUAAUAGUAUUAGCGGUUUGAUUGGAGCGAUUAACCACGCGAGUGAUUUGAUUGUUAAUCUAAACAGUCAAUGUUCUCCAAAGAAUGAAGAUCGACCAGUGCAACCCGAUAACACUUCCUCAACACAACAAUCAAUCAGUGCACAAGCGCUUAAAUGCCUCGCCAGUCUUUUUCUGAACAACGUGGAAGACGACUUGUACAUUUGA